AUGAAGGCAGCAGUAGUCCUGUGUUUGGUGGCGGCGUCGUGGGCGGCUCCACAGGGUGGCUACAACUACCAGGCGCCCGUCGUGCAGCAGCCCGAGUACCCGUCGGCGCCCGCCCAGUACAACUUCCAGUGGGACGUGAACGACCAGUACUCCGGCAAUUUCUACGGCCAACAGGAGCAGCGCGAUGGCGACAACACUCAGGGCAGUUACUACGUCCAGCUGCCUGACUCUCGCCGCAUGAGGGUUGACUACUACUCCGACGCCAGCGGCUUCCACCCCACAGUCACCUUCGAGGGCGAGGCUCAGUACCCAAGUGCCCCUGCCCAGGUGUACUCUCAGCCCGCCCCUGCCCCUGCUCAGGUGUACUCUCAGCCAGCUCCUGCCCCUGCCCCUGCCCAGGUGUACUCUCAGCCUGCUCCUGCCCCUGCCCCUGCCCAAGUGUACUCUCAGCCUGCUCCUGCCCCUGCCCAGGUUUACUCUCAGCCUGCUCCUGCCCCUGCCGAGGUGUACUCUCAGCCUGCUCCUGCCUCUGCCCCCACGCAGUUCUACUCUCAACCUGGAAAAUAAUUUCCUUUGAGUGUCGGGAUCUGCCUCUCACUUCUGCCAUCGCUCAUCUUUCAUUUCUUUGAGCUUCGAUGUCCACCAUUCAUUAUCUACAAUCUAUUUUGUCUUCUUUUCUGUAAUGUUUACAUGUUUCUUUAAAUCGAUAUAUUUUUAUAUAGAUUCCGAGAGAAUAUUUUUAUAAUAAAACCGACAAAAAUA